AUGAAAAACGGGUUGCGGCAGAGAUUGUGGUCGGAAAAGCUAUUUCGGAAAAAACUUGUUGAAUUAUUUGAUUGGCUCCGUUGGGUCCAUAAUAUCGAUGUGCAUAGUCAAAAAAUGCUUAUUUGGGCGGGAAAUGCCGACUCCCUCUGCUUCCCUCUCCCGGCAUCACAGCCCCAAUCCCUCUCAAUCCACAAGGGUUUUCCAAACCAACCCCUCAACUCCUCUUCUUCACUAAAAAUCGCAAUCUCUCUGCUACAAAUCCAAACAAGAUCAUAA